GUCAGAAAGUAAAAAGUGGGGAUUUUGUGAGCAUUCAGCCGGAACAUGUGAUGACUCAUGAUAAUACAGCUGUGGUCAUGUCAAAGUUUAAAAAUAUCGGCGCAAAAUCCAUUAAAUUUCCGAGGCAACCCGUGUUUACGCUUGAUCACAAUGUGCAAGAUAAAUCCGAAAAGAACUUGGCGAAAUAUGACACAAUAGAAAAAUUUGCCGAAACUCAUAAUGUGGAUUUUUAUCCUGCCGGCCGAGGAAUUGGCCAUCAGAUAGUAAUUGAAGAAGGCUAUGCUUUUCCUUAUACAAUGACUGUGGCCUCUGAUUCUCACUCUAACAUGUACGGCGGGAUAGGAUGCCUAGGAACGCCCAUAGUCAGAACAGAUGCGGCGGCCAUCUGGGCUACCGGAAAGACAUGGUGGCAGAUUCCGCCCGUCGUAAAAGUAGAAUUCAAAGGGCAACUUCCUAGUGGCGUCACGGGGAAGGACGUUAUUAUCACAUUGUGUGGAAUGUUCAACAAAGACGAAGUGUUGAAUUGUGCGAUCGAAUUUACAGGGGAGGAAAGUAUUCGUGGAAUCAGCAUUGAAGAUCGUCUGGCCAUAUCUAACAUGACAACAGAAUGGGGUGCUUUGGUCGGUUUGUUCCCGGUAGAUGAUGUUACAAUAAAAUGGCUUAGAAACAGGGUCGAAAAAUUGGAACUUACGAGAUUCGAGAAUAAGAAUUUGAAAGCCAUUGUAAACAACAAACCGUUUGUCCAUCCCAGGAUCAAUCAUUCGAGAAUUGACGAAAUUGAAAAGAACCCUUUACGACCAUCUGUCGAUUCAUAUUAUGCAAAACACUUGACAUUAGAUUUGUCGACCGUGACACCAUAUGUGUCAGGUCCCAACUCGGUAAAAGUUUCAACAUCUCUUGCUGAGCUUGAAAAAGAAAAUAUUGCCAUACACAAGGCAUACCUUGUGUCGUGUGUUAAUUCCCGUGCGAUCGAUCUAAAGGCUGCGGCUGAAGUUAUAAAAGGUCGCAAAGUUGCAGAUGGGGUUGAGUUUUAUAUUGCGGCGGCUAGCAGCGAGGUACAGAAUGAUGCGGAGAAAAGUGGUGAUUGGCAAACACUCGUUGACGCUGGUGCUAAAGUAUUGCCUCCUGGCUGUCUUGGCACCGGUCUCUUGAAAGAUGGAGAGGUUGGUAUUUCGGCGACCAAUCGAAAUUUCAAGGGCCGUAUGGGUUCUCCGAGCGCCUUAGCAUACCUUGCUUCACCUGCCGUAGUUGCAGCUUCCGCAGUAGCCGGCAAGGUAGCCAGUCCGGCAUAUCUGUCAACUUCCGUUUCAACCCAUGGAAGUGUGCAGACACCAAGAAUUACGUGUGUCUUAAACUCGAACGUGAAAUCCACGGCGAACAAAUCACCAGCUAGCUUUGGAGAUGUCAUACCCGGGUUUCCGGAAACCAUCAAAGGGCAGUUAUUGUAUUGCCACGCGGAUAAUCUAAACACCGAUGGGAUUUAUCCCGGUAAGUAUACUUACAUGGAUGAACUGACAUUCGAGGAUAUGGCAAAAGUCGUCAUGGAAAAUUAUGAUCCUAAAUUUUCAAAGAUGGUUACCAAGGGUGACAUACUAGUUGGCGGUUUCAAUUUUGGAUCAGGAUCAUCGCGAGAGCAAGCAGCCGUUGCACUAAAGGCUUGUGGCAUAACAUUAGUCCUUGCCGGGUCAUUUUCCGAGACAUUCAAACGUAACAGCAUCAAUAACGCGUUGCUCUGCUUGGAAGCGCCUGAACUUGUGUACUUGUUAAGAGAAAUUUAUAAGGAUAAUGAGUUAACCACACGUACAAACUUAAAUGCAGAAAUCAAAGUGAUCGAGGGCAAAAUGUUGUUAAAAGAUUUGAACGAAUCAGACAAAUUAUUUAAUAUAGGUGUGUUAGGUAGAAGUGUGCAAGAAUUAUGGGUAGCCGGUGGAUUGGAAAAUUGGGUACGUCAGAGAAUUUGA